CACUGCAAAGAAAUUUCUACAACUUAUUCAUCGAUUCCUCCUGAGAACUUUAUGUGUAGAUAUAUACUCAAAGAAUUCCAUAAUUGUUUUUCAUGAUAACAAUCACUCACUGGUAUAUGAAGAAUACCAGAAAUAAUUAAUAGGACUAGUAUAAUUAGUAUCAAAAUUAAUGGAACUAUUCCUUGUUACAUUAUCAUAACACAAGUAAUGAAAUCCUAAGGUGUAGUAAAUUAGAUUUAUUCUUAUAAAGACUAAAUAAAAAUGGAAUAUAAUACACAAAAGUUUAGACAAAAAAUAUUGUAUUAAAGAAAAAGAAGGUCCUAUAGUAGCAAUUAUAUUACAGUUAAAGUACACUUUUGAUAAUCGUUGAAAAACGUAAUUCAUUCAUGAUAAUUCUUGGAAGAUAAUAUAUAUAUUUCAAUAACAUUUUGGAUUUUAUUAUUUGUCAUAUUUAUGUAUUAUCAAGAUAUUCAAAAAUCAAUAAUCAUUCAUCUGUGUAGUAUAAUAUCAUCAAAUUCACAAUAAUAAUGAGAUAUGAAUCUUCAAUUAUCCUUAUUGAAUGAUCGUGAAAGUUUUGAUACAAUUAAUGAAACCAAUAAUUCACUUGAUAAUUCAAUUAUAAAUAAUCAAUAUUUAUUUCAAUCAUAAUCUACUCAAUCCAAUUAUUCACAUUAAACAAUCAAUAUAAAUCAUGAUUCUAUAUGAAUAAUUGAUUAUAAUCAAUAAAUUGAUGAAAAUAUUGAAAAUCAAUAAAUAUUGAUUUAUCUAAAAUGAAUUAUGAAAAAAAUUUCAAUCAAGAUAUUGACAAUAAUAAUAAUAAUUUAGAAUUUCAACAAAUUCAUACAAAUAAAAAAAAUAGUCAAUUAAAAAAAUAUCAAAAAAAAUUUAAUAAUCAUUGUAAAUUAUGUUUAAAACAUAUAAAAUUACCUAUAUGGUUAUCUAAAUUAUUAUUAUGGAUUUAUACACAUUUAAGUAGUAUAUUUACAUAUGGAUUAUUUUUAUUAGCUAUAUAUGCAUGUAUUAUAUCAAUUAAACCAAGUAUUGCAUUACCACCACAAUGUCGAUUUAUUUCUAUCAUAAAAAGAAUAGAUCAAUUAACAAAUAAUUCUAUGAAUGAUAAUCAAUUCUCAGGGAAUAAAUUUGAAAAAGCACUUGAAUGUCGUCAUGGUGAAGCGUUAAGUAUACUUAUUUUCUAUGGUUUUGGUUUUAUGUUUGGUGAGAUAAUGGAACUUCUACAUUUACCUGGACUAUUAGGUAUGUUACUUGGAGGAUUGUUUCUGAGAAAUAUUGGUGGACUUUUGAUUCCGGAACAGAUUUACCACACAGGUCAAUUACCAAGUGGAAGUGUUCCUUAUGGUUACAAUUCUAGUUUAUUGAAUUCCACUUCUUAUAAUGAGAAGGAAUAUCCUUUUAAUAUAACUGAUCCACGUACUCAGUUUGCUGCUCUUUUAUUGGUAAAUCCAGUUUUAUCUGGAAUUUUAAGACAACUUGCUUUGACUACAAUUCUAACUCGGGCUGGUUUGGGUCUUGAUCCUCAAGCAUUGAAACAAGUAUGUGGUAGCGUAUUUCGUCUUGCAUUCAUACCAUGCCUUACAGAAGCGACAUCUUUGAUGCUAUUUAGCCGUUUUUUGAUUGGAUGGCCUUGGUCAUGGGGAGCUAUAUUAGGAUUCGUUUGUGCAGCUGUAUCACCAGCUGUGAUAGUGCCAAAUAUGAUGCGCCUGGAAGUUACAGGGUGGGGUGUAGCUGAAGGUAUACCUACCCUUGUUGUUGCUGCUUCCAGUUUAGAUGAUGUUGUUGCGAUUACUGGAUUUGGUGUUGCCCUCGGUGUAGCUUUAUCCACAGAAAAAAGUUUAGUGAAUACAUUAUUUUGGGGACCACUUGAAGCAAUCAUAGGUGCUUCAUUUGGGGCAGCAGUGGGAAUAUUAUUACUUUUCUUUCCACCACCAAAACUCGAGCAUUCCCAUUUCAUUCGAGGUAUACUUCUGGUGUGCUUUGCAAUAACUGGGUUAAUCGGUUCGGUCGCAAUACAUUUACCAGGUGGAGGUGCAUUGUCAUGUUUAACUUUAGCUUUUAUCGUGGCAACUGGUUGGCGGAGCGGAUUUCCAUGGCGUUUAACGCAGUCAGCAAGUAUACCAACGGAAUCAUCAUCAAAUAAUGCACAAAACCAACAUUAUGAAAAUUCAAAUUAUCAAGCGAAACCAAAAACAGAUAAACCUAAUCUGUCUUCGUCAAGAGAUUCUGUCCUUACUAAUGAAGACUCUCAAGAAAACCUUAAGAUAGCCCCCUCGAAGCUUGAAUCCAUUGAUGAAAAAUAUAGGCAUUCUGAUGAUGAUAUUGACUCAGAAAGUAUGAUGAAGCAUCAGAAAGAUCUAAACAAUCCAAACAUACUUGAAUCGUUGGUAGAAUUUCAUCCUUACUAUUGCUCAAUUUUGCGUCAGCAGUAUGGCCAGCAUUCAUCGGGUGAACAUAGUAACCGCAGCAGCCUCCGUAAUCGCCUCCCAUCUGAUGGUGACAGGAAACGAGGAGAUCUUCCUUCUUUAGCUGUUGCAGUAGCAGCUACUGGUAAUGAGAAAAAAGUAGAGGGAUCUUUAGCCAAACAACCUCAACAGAAUAGUUACCAGCAACAUACUCAGCAAACAUCGACAAUCACUUUUCAAAAACCAAAAGCAUCUCGAAGAUUUAGUCUGCCUGAACCUACUGCUCACUACGAACUGGAAUCAUUUUCCGUGUCUCAGCAGUUUCGCCGAGGAAGGAGUCCAUCUAGUGCAAACGCUUUACGUCAUAUGAACAGGUCAAGGCGUAGAAUUCUUGCACCAUUUCCGGAUCAGUACUCACCAUUUUACAACAACCAACCGGUCGAAAAAGUUGAAGAAGUUGAAGAAAAUGAUGAAUGCUCAUCCAACGAAACAGAAAGACCAGAUGAUGAUCAUGAUGAGAACAAUUUUGACAGUCCUAAUAAUCAAGAGCAACCUUUCAGUGAUGUUGUUGUUCCAGCUACACCUGUUGAACGUGGAUUGGCUUGUUUGAAUUCAAUGAGAAGAACCAUGGCAGUCACAUGGUGGUUUGUUCAACCUAUUCUGUUUUCUUUAAUAGGAUCAGAAGUAGACAUACUACAUAUGCCUGGUGGUUCAACUGGACGUGGAAUCGGUGCAUUCUUACUUGCUCUAGUUGCUCGUUUAGCUGCAACAAUGGUAGCUGUUUUGCCAUCAAAGUUAAAUAUGCGUGAACGCUUGUUUAUAUCAUUUGCGUGGUUACCAAAAGCUACCGUACAAGCAGCUGUUGGACCAGUUGCACUGGAUACAGCUAGACAAUUGAAUUCAAAUGCAGAAAUAAUUGAUUGGGGGGAACAGGUUGUUACAUUGGCUGCAAUUUCAAUAUUAAUUACUGCUCCAAUAGGUGCUAUUUUAAUGCCACUUACUGCACCAUAUUUAUUACGUCAAGAUAUUCAAUCAUCACAAGUAUUAAUAGAACGUACUAAUCCUAAACAUUCACUUAAAUCAAAUUCUGCUCAAUCCAAUGAUAUAAUCAAUAAAAAAAUAUAUAAAUCUGAUCAAAACAUUCAUCAUAGUAAUAAAUCAUCUCAAUUAAAUACUGUACGUAAUACAAAAUUAUAAGUCAAUUCAAUAUAUACAUGAUUAUUUCAUGUUUACAUUUACCUCUUUUCUCUUUUUUUUUGUUUUUGUUUACGAUUUAAUAGAUUUUCUUUUCUUUAUUAAAAGAAAAGAAAAGAGAACAAAAUAAACGACUUCAUCCACAAUUAAUUUUUACAAUAAUACCAAGUAGAUAUUAGUUAAUGAUAUAAAAGAAUAAAAUAAAAAAUUACGUUUAAUCUAUUUCAAAUAGUGUUUUCUUUUCUUUUUUUCUUUCUUUUUCUUUUCUUUCUUUUUUUUGAUUCAUAAAAUUUAAAACGUAGCGUUACAAUUGAUUUGUUUGAAACAUACAAACAAACAAACAAACAUAUUACUCUAUAGAAUUCUUUUUCUCAGUUUUUAUUGUACAGUUCCAUCAUAUUUAUUAAUGUUCUCUCUCUUUAUAGAAACAUAUCUUAUUUAAUUUUAAUAAUCAUUUGAUAAAUUUAUAUCAGAUUCAUUCAUUUAUUCCUUCGUUAUGUUCAGUUUAAAUUUUCUUCAUUGUUUGCAUGUUAACAUAUAGAAUAUAGUAUAGUCAUGUAGUAAUACAAAAUUCAUACAUAUAUAUAUUUAUAUCUAUAUCUUGA